UCAGUCUGUACUGUGCUACACACGAAACAACAUGGCCGCGACAAUUAGUUCUCCCGCCAAGUGUGAAUUACGCGCUGUCAUUCGCUUUUUGCAGGCAGAAGGCAAUAGUGCAGCUGCAAUUCAUCGAAGGAUGUGUCAAGUGUACGGAGAAGGGUUUAUGAGUGAUGGAGUUGUGCGUGAAUGGUGCCGAAAAUUCAAAGAAGGACGAAAUGAUGUGCAUGACGAAGGGGGUGAAGGUCGCAAUUCUGUCGUUACAGAUGAGCUUGUUCAACGUGUUGAUGAAGCGGUGAGAAACAACCGUCGCUUCACUUUAACAUCGUUGGCAAUGGAAUUUCCACAAGUUUUUCGGUCUUCACUUUAUUCCAUUGCUACGGACGAGUUAGGCUAUAGGAAAAUUUGUGCUCGAUGGGUCCCGAAGAUGUUGACCGACAAUCACAAAAACCAACGAAUGGCCGCAGCACUGACUUUCCUCGACCGGUAUUCCACAGAAGGAGAGGGGUUCUUAAAGUCAAUUACUUUAUUAUAA